AUGCGACGUGCACAGGUCGAGAAGACCCGCAAGGAGCGUAAGGCGCGAGAGGCGUUCAGGGUAGAGCAGGAGGGCAAGGCGGCGCAACAACCGAACAAUGCCUUAGUGAGCGACCCGGAGCUGCAGAAGCCUGCCACUCUUGACAUCCUUCUCGCGUUCGAGGACUACAGCCGCGUGCGGGAGCGAGAGUUUGAGGAGCAAAUGCGACGUGCACAGGUCGAGAAGACCCGCAAGGAGCGUAAGGCGCGAGAGGCGUUCAGGGACGUUCUCCAGUCCCUCGUCAAGUCUGGCCAAAUGAAGGCCCGCACAAAAUGGAAGGAUGUGUAUCCGUCCUUUUCGGAUGACAUUCGCUACCUCGACAUGCUGGGCAAUCAUGGCUCGAAUCCGCUCGAGCUCUUCUGGGAUCUCGUCGACAACCUUGAUCAGCAGCUGGAUGCGAAGAUUGCCGUCGCCGAGGGCGCGAUCAAACGCCAUAGCAAGAAGCUCGAGGCGCAGCAGGAGAAGCAGGUUCCGGAAGGCAAGGAGAUGAACCUGUUCAAGAUCAGCCCGGAGACGUCGGAAGAGGAGUUCCUCGCCGUGAUACAGGGUAACGAGGACGAGGACGUGCGCAAACUGAGUAUGCAAGAUCUGCAGGAGAGCUAUCAAACCUUACACUCGCAAGCCAUGAAGCAGCAGGCGGACGAGAGGCGCCGUGCGGAGCGGCGACAGCGCCAUUUGCAGGACGAUCUGCGUUAUGCUCUCAGAAAGCUGUCCGAGCCUAUCGAUCUGAGCAUGUCGUACGAAGAGGCAGGUCCCGAAUUGACAUCAAGAUGUCUAGGACUAACAUGCUUGCUCUAG